AUGGCAUUGGGGUGGUCCUGCUGGGUCCUCCUGCUGCUCCUGCCCGCCCUGGCUCAUGCCGGGGGGCCCGGCCCCGUCCUUGUCAACCGCCCCUUUGUCACCAUCUGGAACAUCCCCACGGAGCGCUGUGCCAAGAAGUACAAUGUCACCCUCAACCUGGAGGUCUUCGAUGUGUUGGCCAACAACCAGCAGUCCUUCAUCGGGCAGGACAUCACCCUCUUCUACAGCAAGGAGCUGGGGUUCCUCCCCUACUACACACCUGAGGGGGUGCCAGUGAACGGGGGGCUCCCCCAAAACGCCAGCCUGCAGGCCCACCUCCACCAGGCCACCAGGGACAUCAAGGUUGCCCUGCCCAGCCCUGCCUAUGGCGGGCUGGCCGUCAUCGACUGGGAGAAGUGGCGCCCGCUGUGGAUCCGCAACUGGGCCUCCAUGGACAUCUACAAGCAGAAGUCGGAGGAGCUGGUGCGGCAGCAGCACCCGCAGUGGCCCCCGGAGCUGGUGAAGAAGACAGCCAAGCAGCAGUUUGAGCAGAGUGCCCGCAACUUCAUGGAGCAGACCCUGCAGCUGGGCAAGACCCUCCGUCCUGACGGCUACUGGGGUUUCUAUGGCUUCCCCAACUGCUACAACAAUGACUUCAACAGCCUGUCCUACACCGGGAUGUGCCCGGUGGUGGAGCAGCAGCGGAACAAGGAGCUGUGGUGGCUCUGGGAGAGCAGCCGGGCGCUCUACCCCAGCAUCUACCUGCCCUCCUGCCUCAAUGGCACCAACAAGGUGCUCGCCUAUGUCCGGCACCGCAUUGCUGAGGCCUUCGCUGUCCAGCAUGGCGUCCUUGACACCGGCAUCCCUGUCCUGCCCUACUCCCAGAUCGCCUUUGACCUCACUGCUGACUUCCUCUCCCAGGAGGACCUGAUGAACACCAUCGGGGAGAGCGCGGCUCAGGGUGCCGCCGGCAUCGUCCUCUGGGGCAGCAGCCUCAACUACAGCACCUCCAAGGAGAUGUGCCUGCGACUGAAGGACUACGUGGAGGGGCCCCUGGGCCACUACAUCGUCAACGUGACGGCCAGUGCCGCUCUGUGCAGCCAGAGCUUGUGCUCUGGCCGGGGUCGCUGUGUGCGCCGGGAGAACAAGCAGGGCUUCCUCCAUCUCGACCCCUUCCGCUUCACCAUCGACCUGCAAGCCGGCAAGCCCUGGCUGGUGGCGCAGAGCCUGGAGUCCAUCAACGACACCUCCCGGCUUGCUGAGGAGUUCAUCUGCCAGUGCUACGACAAGUGGCACGGACCCCACUGCAACACCCAGGGCUUCGCCGAGUGA